GCUCUCGCGGCUACCUGCAUCUUUUUCAUUGAUAGUAUAUACAAAAGGAAAAUGAAAUACUGGUCGACUUCAUCGUGAUCAGUUUUCAUUCAUUUUAUUCAUCUAAAUUCUAACAGAAAUAUAUAGUAAUUUGCCAAUGUUACGUGAGUGAAGUCGCAGAUUCAACGUGGCGGCCCAAGCGGGAACGCAAUACAUGUAUAUUUGAUCAAUUUGAUACAUUCGCUGUACCACAGACAUAGGAAUAAUUCGUAUGUCUAUGUUCGCUACCAAUAAGGAGCGGGUCGUGCGCGGUGAUACGUUAAACGUCAAAGAUUUCAUUGGCUCGAGAAAUCCUCGGCACGCGUUCGGGCCAGUAUAUUAUUAAAAAAUUAUUAGACAUAUCUAAACUUUUAUUUCUAUCGAAGUUCGGGAUUGAUGUGCAAUCUAUGUAGUUGUGAGCAUUCAAUGAUGCUCAAUUUGCCUACAGCCCACCAGUUAAAUGUUCAGUGCGAUUCGAUUGCUGUCAAUGUUAAGACCCGUGCCGUGAAGUAGGUAGUCGCCAUCUUUGCGACCGUGUCGCAUCCCUCGAUCCCGAUCUGGCCCAUCAUAUGUUCCGCGCAACCUUUAUGUAGUGAUCGAAGAAAAAAAAAUCGUCGAACGUUGGUUGCCCGUCGAAAGGAUUAAGCUCUCGAACGGAUUUGCGCUCGGGGCCCGUGCUGUGAGUGUAGGACAGCGGUGCAGGCGAAAGUGGGUGGAACGCAUGGGGUUUACGUUAUCCUGGGCCUCGUUACAGUACGCGAUAAGGGAGAUUUCGGCAAUUGACAAGUGACGCAAAGAGAGUUCGUGUUUGACUAUCACCGCGGUGACAUUAGAUUUAGUAUCGUUAAGUCGAGUUCCUUUCGGCAGCCCGUUUAUUAUAUACCGGCGUUGAUAUACCCGUUGUAGUGUGUGCUCCUCUGAAAAUCAUUUGGCGGAAGAAAAAAUGAGCUGUCAACGCAACGCUGGUAAGAUCACAGUGCCGGACGAGUUGCGGGACGUACUGUUGGAGUUCACGAUCAGUUAUCUGUUGGAGCAACCGGUGGACAUUAUCGACUACGCUGUGAAUUUCUUCACGCAACUCCGGGAAAGCCGUAAAACACAGUUGAUUCAAGCCCCUGCGCAUACCCCCUCUUCAACACCGGAGGAGUCCGUCGACGAAGAGCCACCGGUUGGGAGGUUCGCGACAAGGCGGAAGAGUAUUUUCGCGGAAACAUACAAUCCCGAGGAAGAUGAGGAAGACGAUGGAAUUAAGAUGGUCCAUCCGAAGAGCGACGAGCAGAGGCAGAGGCUCGGCGACAGCGUGAAGCAUAUUUUUAUGUUUCGGGCUCUGGACGAGGAACAAAUGGCUGACGUGCUGGACGCGAUGUUCGAGAAGAGCGUGCAACCCGGGGAAUUUAUUAUCCGACAACGUGAUGACGGUGACAAUUUCUACGUCAUCGAGAAAGGAAAGUUCGAAGUGUACGUGAAGGAUCAAUCAGGCGUGGAGUCCUUGAUACACACGUACGAUAAUCGCGGUUUCUUUGGCGAGCUCGCGUUACUCUACAAUAUGCCCAGAGCGGCCAGUGUCAAGGCCAUCACGAACGGAACGCUGUGGGCCAUGGACAGGCAAACUUUCCGGCGUAUUCUGCUCAAGUCCGCCUACAAGAAACGUAAGAUGUACGAGGACCUUAUCGACAAGGUCCCGAUGCUGAAACAUCUCGAACCAUAUGAACGGAUGAAUCUGGCGGAUGCGCUGGCACCAAAGCAGUACGCGGACGGUGAGCAAAUCAUCAGGCAGGGCGACUCGGCUGACGGAAUGUACUUCGUCGAGGACGGCGUGAUCAAGAUCACUAGAAUCGGAGACCAGGGUCGCGAGAUCGAGAUUAAUAGAGUUCCCGCCGGUGGGUACAUAGGCGAGUUGGCGCUGGUGACACAUAAACCUCGUGCUGCUUCGGCCUACGCCGUGGGCGAUGUAAAGCUGGCCUUCCUGGACGUUGAAGCUUUCGAACGCUUGCUCGGGCCUUGUAUGGAGCUUAUGAAGCGUAACAUCGACGAUUACGAGGAUCAGCUAGUCAAAAUUUUUGGUAGCAAGGCUAACAUUACCGAUAUCCGAUGAACUGUUCAUUGGGAGUGAUACGUUGCACUGCUGUACUAAAGACGCGACACUUUCGUACAGUAAUGUAAAAUUGAGCACAAACUUGUACUACCCACUUUAAUGAAUCUCAUCCGCGUGUUUUCAAAUAAUCAUCUCGAGUCAACUUUCGUAAAAUGACUGUUCACUUAGACACCGUCUACCGUUAAGAAUCGUCGUUAAUAGUUACCAAGUUUGUACCUAUGACACACACACACACUGAUGGGACAACAAAGUAUAAAGCAAGGAACGAAGUGGAGACAACAAAAUCUAUAAUUUUGAGUGGUUCAUACUAAAACGAGCUCCUUUAAGACUGUGUCGGAUCAACAACAAAUAUUACCCUAUCUUGUCGUGUGUGCUCGCAAAUUAUCGGAAGAUCGAAGUUCGAAGAAUGAAAGUAAGAUUUUUCAUUUAAUCGUACAUAAAAAAAAGGAAAAGAAAUAUGUACUCGGGGUGAUGCAACAUAUCGGCAGACAGACACAAUUCUCAGAUUGGUGUAACUUUUAUGCUGUUCUUUUUCUUUACACUCGACACUUUGAGAUAUAUAUUUCACUUUUAAUUGAUAAUUUCAAAGAUCAAUAAAUUCAAUUAUUUCGUACAUGUCGGUGAUCGUUUCCGAUUCAUUGAAGGGGAUUCUCAAGGUAUCUGCGGUAUGCUUCUUCGUGAAAUAGAAGAAAAUAUUUCGUCAAUUUUCAGUUACGACGGCGCGUUUAAUCUAAGAUUCGCCUUUAGGCACAUUCGAUGAAAUUCCGCAUUGUCAAUGUGUUUCUCCAAUUAUAACAAUUAAGACAGUGGUAGGAUCGUAGUUUAAACGCUACGAUGGAAGGGAUAGAGCA